AAAAGUUCAUUUUAUACUCUCACCGGUUUCAUUUUGAAAAUUUUUAUAAUCAAAAUUUCUUUAAAUUUAGAAAGUUAUGGUUGUUUGUAGGUUUUUCCUACAAGGGAACUGUCGCUAUGGAAACAAUUGCUGGAAUGAUCACCCAAGUGGUGGAAACCAGGGUUUCAGUAUGACAGCCCAGAGACAGUUGUUUGGUGGUGGUAAAAAAGGUGGUGCUGGCGGCAGUGAGGGUGGGGGAGGACAAAAAGUGUCGUUCCGAGAUUCCUUUGGACAAAAUCAGAAUCCUUACCGAUGGAUAUCCCAGGAUGCACAGCAACAGAGUAGAAAUACAAUGGCAAAUACUCAGCAGAUGUCGGCUGCAGACAUUGUGAAAGGUCUUGCAACAGAGGUAUCACAAACAUGGGAAGGAGGAAACAUGUGGCCGUUUUCAUGUCUUGGUUUCGAGAAAGAUAUGCCAAGUUUACCUGGUUUUAUGGAUAUUGCACCAGAAGAGAUGAGAUGGGAUGCAUAUGAAGCAUUAAAAUUAGGAAAUAUUCAGCCAUAUAUACAGAAAGUUAAAGGAGCAGUUGACCAACUGAAUACACAGAGGCAGGAACUGAAAAACCCAAAUAUGACAUUGAAACAGAAACUGAUAUCAUUCAUUGAUGACUGCAGACGGGAGAAAAAUUUGGGCUCAGGGGGACACGUAUCAUUAUUUAGCGAAUCAAACUCUGGAGGAGAUAUAUUUGGUAGCGGCAGCAGUGGAGGACUAUUUGGCACAAGUACUGCUGGUGCCGAGCCAAGUUCUGGGCUGUUUAGUCAGCCUCCUUCAUUUGGUCAGACUGGAAACCAGUCCCUUUUUGGCCAAACUGAGACACAGUCUGCUUUUGGACAGAGUGGUACACAGUCUGCUUUUGGACAGACUGGUGCUCAGUCUUUAUUUGGACAGAGUGGGUCCCAGUCUGCAUUUGGUCAGACUGGUUCUCAGCAGUCUGGUUUUGAACAGACUGGUUCAUUAUUUGGACAAGGUGCUUUUGCUCAAAGUUCACAGUCUGGAAGUACAUUUGGACAAAGUAGUUUUGGACAGUCACAGACUGGACAGGGUAGUUUAUUUGGUCAGUCUGCAUCUGGUACUUUUGGUCAAGACCAGACACAGACUCCAAAACCAACUUUAUUUGGUAAACCAGCAGCAGGCAGCUCACCAUUCAGUACACCACAAACAUCAGCUGGUACAUCUGGGAGCUUAUUUCAAACUUCAACCCCUUUUGGACAAUCAAGUGCACCUGCAAGGAAUUUGUUUGGUCAUUCAGUGACAGUUGUCCCCCCUGAAUCCCAAUCAGGAGCCUCUUCAGCAGCAGAGAAUAAACCAGUCCAGGCAACUGCAUCAGGGGAGACAAAUUCAGUUUAUACUUCCAUAGACAAAUUGACUCCUGAAGAAUUAGAACAGUUCAGAGCACCAACAUUUACACUUGGUUUUAUACCAACCAGACCACCGCCUAGAGAAUUAUGUGUCUGAUAGUUCAUAAAGAGAUCUUGAGAAUUUAUUCUUGUGUGGAUAUGCAUAUGUAUAUGCUUUCAUUAUAUAUGAGGCAUGUGUAAUGUCAAGAGUAUUGCUGUUUUGAAGUAUAAUUAGGGCUAAUAUACUUCCGUUGCUUUAAAGUUUCACUAUAAUUAUCUUCUUAAGUACUGCCCCUAUUACCAUCAAACCUCGCAUAAGGGAUGGUCUUCGUGAGGGCCAAAACUUUGAUAGUUCAGGGUCGGGUAUCUUAAAGGACAAAGAUACGAUAUUGAAUAAUGCUGGUUAAAAGUUUCAUGCCGAGUUUCUUUCACUGUAUCUUUUUAACUGUUGUCCCUAUAAUCAUCAGAUCUCACAUAAGGCUCGAUCUUAUUAAGGGGUAGACAUGUUUUGGUUUCGGAUCUGGUAUCUCAAAGGUGAAGGGCACUGGGAUCAGAUUCUGUAAUAGUAUUGAGAAAGGUUUUAUGGCUCACUUUUCAAUUUGACUUACAUAAUAUUUCCUAGUGCUGGUAUCCCUUUUAACCCCAUUUCUAACCCUUAUCCACACUUCCUCUACACCCACACAAAGAAAACAUUAUAACAUUCCUCAUACUACUGGACAGCUCAUAUUGUUUCUCAGAUUUUCAAAUACCCACUGUCUACACAUACACCCAUCCCCUCAAAUUUUAAGUCCCUCCCCCGCCCCCACCCACUACUGUUACCAUAGAAAAUCAACAACUGGGAGAUGUUUUGAGGCAUUUAAGAAACAAUGGAAGAUAAUUCAUUUAGCAAUUUUUGGAAGUUGGUGCUUUUGUAGAACUUUCUGUGUUACAGUUAUUCAACACACUGAAAUAAGUUUACUUACUUUUGGUUUAAAAAGAAUAUGUAAGAUUAAAUUGAUAACAGCAUGACAUACAAAUGGUGUAUUUGUAACAAAGGGGAGUAACUCUGACUAUCAAUAUCAAGAAGUGUCUAGUUUUGUGCUUUGAAAUAUAUUGUUUAGUGUUUACAAGCACAAGAUAUAUGAGAAUGCCUGUCUCUGAGCAUGCAGAAAUUGAGGUGAAAUGUUAAAUCUUUGAAGGUCAGUUAACUUCAAACAAAAGUGACUUGAAGUAGUUGGCAUUGAUUGAAAACUAUGAGUGGUAUAUAGACCAAAAAUAUGAACACUAUUUAGGUAUUGAGAUUAUAUUGUUAUGUGGAAGUUAUGACGGGUAGAAAUAGGUCCGUCCAAGUUAAUUUCAAGUACAAUGUAUAGGUAAAAUUUUGAUCACUGGAAUCUUGGAAGAGAUGCUGUUAGAAAUGUAAGAGCAGUAUGGCAAUGCCUCGGUGCAAAACUAGCCAACGUAAUAAAACAGCAAGUAGCAAUAUUUUCACACUGAGCCCUUAAUGAAAAAUAAAAGAGAGGUUUUUUAAGUUCUGUUCAUUUUUAGCUCAGCUGUCACAAAGUGACAAGGUGAGCUUUUGUGAUCGCGCGGCGUCCGUCGUCCGUCCGUGCGUAAACCUUUCCUUGUGACAUCUCUAGAGGUCACAGUUUUCAUGGGAUCUUUAUGAAAAUGGGUCAGAAUGUUCAUCUUGGUAAAUUCUAGGUCAAGUUCGAAACUGGGUCACGUGCGGCCAAAAAGUAGGUCAGUAGGUCCAAAAAUAGAAAAACCUUGUGAUCACUCUGGAGGCCAUAAUUUUCAAUGGAUCUUCAUGAAAAUUGGUCAGAAUGUUCAUCUUGAUGAUUUCUAGGUCAAGUUCGAAACUGGGUAAUGUGCGGCCAAUAACUAGGUCAGUAGGUCUAAAAAUAGAAAAACCUUGUGACCACUCUAGAGGCCAUAGUUUUCAAUGGAUCUUCAUGAAAGUUGGUCUGAAUAUUCAUCUUGAUGAUAUCUAGGUCAAGUUCGAAACUGGGUCAUGUGCGGUCAAAAACUAGGUCAGUAGGUCUAAAAAUAGAAAAACCUUGUGACCUCUCUAGAGACCAUAUAUUUCUUGAGAUCUUCAUGAAAAUUGGUCAGAAUGUUCACCUUGAUGAUAUCUAGGUCAAGUUCGAAACUGGGUCACGUGCCUUCAAAAACUAGGUCAGUAGGUCAAAUAAUAGAAAAACCUUGUGACCUCUCUAGAGGCCAUAUUUUUCAUGGGAUCUGUAUGAAAGUGUGUCUGAAUGUUCAUCUUGGUGAUGUCUAGGUCAAGUUCGAAAGUGGGUCACGUGCUAUCAAAAACUAGGUUAGUAGGUCAAAUAAUAGAAAAACCUUGUGACCUCUCUAAAGGCCAUAUUUUUCAUGGGAUCUGUAUGAAAGUUGGUCUGAAUGUUCAUCUUGAUGAUAUCUAGGUCAGGUUCGAAACAGGGCCAUGUGCGGUCAAAAACUAGUUCAGUAGGUCUAAAAAUAGAAAAACCUUGUGAUCUCUCUAGAAGCCAUACUUAAGAAUGGAUCUCCAUAAAAAUUGGUCAGAAUGUUCAUCUUGAUGAUAUCUAGGUCAAGUUCGAAAGUGGGUCACGUGCCAUCAAAAAGUAGGUCAAAUAAUGAAAAAACAUUGUGACCUCUCUAGAGGCCAUAUUUUUCAUGGGAUCUGUAUGAAAGUUGGUCUGAAUGUUUAUCUUGAUGAUAUAUAGGUCAAGUUUGAAACUGGGUCAACUGCGAUCAAAAACUAGGUCAGUAGGUCUUGAAAUAGAAAAACUUUGUGACCUCUCUAGAGGCCAUACCCUUGAAUGGAUCUUCAUGAAAAUUGGUCAGAAUGUUCACCUUGAUGAUAUCUAGGUCAAAUUUGAAACUGGGUCAUGUGCCUUAAAAAACUAGGUCAGUAGGUCAAAUAAUAAAAAAACCUUGUGACCUCUCUAGAGGCCAUACUUUUCAUGGGAUCUGUAUGAAAGUUGGUCUGAAUGUUCAUCUUGAUGAUAUCUAGGUCAGUUUUGAAACUGUCAAAUGCGGUCAAAAGCUAGGUCAGUAGGUCUAAAAUUAUUAAAAUCUUUUGACCUCUCUAGAGGCCAUAUUUUUCAAUGGAUCUUCAUGAAAAUUGAACUGGGUCACGUGCGGUCAAAAAAUAGGCCAGUAGUAAAAUUCAAAACAGGGUCACAUACCUUCGAAAACUAGGUCAAUAGGUCAAAUAAUAGAAAAACCUUGUGACCUCUCUAGAGACCAUAUUUUUCAAUGGAUCUUCAUGAAAAUUGGUCAGAAUUUUUAUCUUGAAUAAUAUCUAGGUCAAGUUCAAAACUGGGUCACAUGAGCUCAAAACUAGGUCACUAUGUCAUAUAAUAGAAAAAAAUGACGUCAUACUCAGAACUGGGUCAUGUGGGAAGAGGUGAGCGAUUCAGGACCGUCAUGGUCCUCUUGUUAGUUAGACUAUUCAAAGAAAAGGUAGAGCUAUUGGACUCAUCCAUGUGUAGGAGUUGGAUUGAAACUUAACACAUUUAUUUGCUGUGAUAAACUGAAUUACAGUGCACAGGUUUUAUAACUCUAUUUUGCUUUUUUACAAAAUUAUGCCCCUUUUUCAACUUCUAUGUUCAUUCAGUUGACAAGGCUGUUGAAUAGUUGAGCGUUGCUGUCCAAUGACAGCUCUUGUCUUUUGAACAUUUAAUACAUUCACAUCAGUUCUUAUGUUAGUUAAGAAGAUACAGUGAAAUUGAGAAACUUGUCAUAAACAGCAGCUGGUUUAACCAGUACUGUUACAUUCUUUACCAAUUUUCAUUCAUCCGUUCUAUUAAUUUUUUCUUCCAUUCUGUAUUGAGUGUGUCAGUGUCCUGUCAUUCUGUAUCAGUGUCAUCAACAAUGCUGUCAUAUAGUACUUGUAACAUUGUGGCACGGCACCAAAAUGUCGGAUAGACACUAAAUGUUAGUAAGCAGACAAUAAUGAGGGUUUCUAUAGUUUAUUGCUGAUCUGUACAAAGUGGCAAAGAUAAUACAAGUAAGUGACACCAAGGCCGUCAUACGUAAACGUUACAAUACAAUACUAAGGCGCGUUAAAUGUGACGCCAUCGGAAUGGCGCGCAAAACAAUGUUACAUGUACUAUAUGACAAAUGUAUAAGGAACAUGUACAAACAUUGCAUUUGUUGUUAUUAACCCUAAGCCUGCUAAAUUUCCUAAAUGGACUGGACCAUCAUUCAAUUUGGGCAAUACCAUUUAUUUUUUGAAGGGGUGUUCACUGAAAAUUUACUGACUGAAUAGCGAACAUGAUCAGACUGCACAGAUGUGCAGGCUGAUCUUGGUCUGCACUGGUCGCAUAGGCAGAAUCACUUGCCGCCAGCAGGCUAAGGGUUAAUUACAAAUGAAACAGCAAAUUCACAAACUAUGCAUUUCUCCAUUUUUAUGAUGUAUGUAUAAAUGAGACUGAAUACCAUCAUGAAUGUUAAUUUGUUGCACAAUGUGUACAAUAUAUUACCUCAGAUAAUUAAAUAUAUCGUAUGUCAAAAUAUA